UCAUUGCAGAUACCCUAUGAGUCUUUAGAGUGGAGAGCGUGGAGUCUGUCCUCAGUGCUAAUCUGCUGUGGUUUAUGUGUUGUUAAGUAGACUUCGAAGCCGUGUGACAUCACUCCUCCUGUUCCUUUCUUCCUGAAAAAAGGGUAGCUGCUUUCUGAGCCAUCGCAUACCAACUUCAUUUAUUCCUAGAUUGUCCUCAGCGUCUUGUUUUUUCUGAGGCCUUACUGAGAUUUAGUUGUUUAUGGGCUCAGGUGGUUAUAAAGUAAUUUAAGAUGCUUGUGUUACUUGAUUUUAACUCUCUAAUUGACUUUUAUAUUAAGAGACAUUGGUUUUACUUGGGAGUGAUUAAAUGUCCAAGGAGUUCAAUUCUUUAUGCAUAAGGGCUAUUUUAUUUGACAUUUUUUGGCCUACAACUUAAACUUUCAUCUUUAUUCUUUUUAUCCUAUGCUUUUUCUGUGUUAUGGCUGCUGCAACAAUAGUUCAUGAUACAUCAGAAGCUGUAGAGCUCUGUGCUCCCUGUGGGUUAUAUCUUAAGCCCAUUACAAAAAUGACCAUCAGUGUGGCACUUCCUCAGCUGAAACAACCAGGAAAAUCCAUUUCAAACUGGGAAGUUAUGGAAAGAUUGAAAGGUAUGGUGCAAACUCAUCAGUUUUCUACUCUGCGGAUUUCUAAAAGCACAAUGGAUUUCAUCCGGUUUGAAGGAGAGGUUGAAAACAAAAGUUUGGUGAAGUCUUUUCUGGCAUGCCUUGAUGGCAAAACAAUAAAGCUGAGUGGCUUCUCUGACAUUUUGAAAGUCCGUGCUGCAGAGUAUAAGAUUGACUUUCCCACCAGACAUGACUGGGACUCUUUUUUUCGUGAUGCAAAAGAUAUGAAUGAAACUUUGCCAGGGGAAAGACCAGAUACUAUUCAUUUGGAAGGCUUACCUUGUAAAUGGUUUGCAGCAAAGGAUUCUGGCUCAGAAAAGCCAAGUGAGGAAGUUCUCAUAAAAGUUUUCAAGAAAUUUGGAGAAAUACGUAAUGUGGACAUACCUAUGCUGGACCCUUAUAGAGAAGAAAUGACUGGCAGAAAUUUCCACACUUUUAGUUUUGGAGGCCAUUUAAACUUUGAAGCCUAUGUUCAAUAUCGGGAAUAUGCAGGUUUCAUUAAGGCCAUGAAUGCCCUGCGAGGGAUGAAGCUGAUGUACAAAGGCGAUGAUGGCAAAGCAGUGGCUUGCAAUAUAAAGGUUUCUUUUGAUUCAACAAAACACCUGAGUGAUGCAUCGAUUAAGAAGCGCCAGAUGGAAAGGCAAAAGCUUCAAGAGCUUGAACAACAGAGAGAAGAACAAAAACGUAAAGAGAAAGAAGCAGAGGAGAAACAAAAAGAGGAAGAAAGGAAGCAGAGAGAGCUUGAAGAGUAUGAGAGAGAGAAAAAAAGAGAAGAAAAGUUGCGCAAGAGAGAGCAGAAACAGAAAGAUCGGGAAGUUCGAAGAAACAAAAAGCAACUUGAAAAAAUACAAGCUGAAGAGCAGAAAAAACUGCAAGAGAAAAUAAAGCUAGAAGAAAGGAAGCUCCUGUUAGCUCAGAGAAAUCUUCAGUCCAUUAGACUAAUUGCAGAACUGCUAAGCAGGGCAAAGACGGUAAAGCUUUUGGAGCAGGAACAUAAUGAAGAAAAGAUCCGUCUUCAGCAGUUAGAGGAGAGAAGAAAGCUGCAGGAGGCUGAGCUCAGACGUGUGGAAGAGGAAAAAGAGAGAGCACUGGGAUUGCAGCGAAGAGAAAAGGAACUGAGGGAGAAACUACUGAACAAUCUUCUGAGCAAGAAAAUGGAUGCAGCUCAUCAAAACAAAGAAGAAACAGAAGCAUCUCAAUCUGGUAUGCAAAAACCUGCUGGUAGUGUUCCACACACUGUGUCAUCCAGCUGCAUCACUUCUACCUCCGGACAAGCUGUUGCGGGCCAGCUAGCUCCCGGCUGUCAGAAAGAAGCUGUAUCCCCUGAGAGUAUAAAUACUCAAUGCAAGUACUUGAAUGGCAAUAUUCAUGACAGAGGUCACAUCAAAGAAGGCCAGAAACUUCAUACGGCAAACUCUGAGAGGUAUUCUGAGAAAAGAAGCUCAGGAGCGCUUUCAUGUAUUCCUGCCAAUAGCCAGCAGCAGCAAAGUGUCUCUAGCUAUGACCAGAAUACCUGCAGGAAGGACUCGCACUGUGAGCAAGGCAAACGUAGCACGGAGUCAAGGAGAAGAAAGAGCCGUUCGUGUAGCAGCAUAAACACUGAUGAGAGUAAGGGUAAACGAGAAAGGAGCAAACACAGAAGAGACGUGAGUUAUCAGGAUGAAAAGCGUAGGAAAGAAAGGAGGUUAUAUAGACGCUCUAGCAGAAGUUACAGCCCUCGACGAAGUUAUAGUCCUCGCCGAAGAAGCGUAAGCCCCAGACGGUCCCGUUAUAGAAGAACUCGCAGUAGGGAACGGAAAAGGGACAGAAGAGAGAGAAGCCGUAGCCACAGAAGUGUGAGCAAGAAACGAAGAUAUCGGAGGAGAUCACUGAGUAAGCAAAGGAGUACUUGGAGUGGGUAGCGGAGGCCUCGGCCGUUUGGAAAGGCUGUGGUCGAACACAAGGACCAGAAGGUUGUAAACCAGACCUCAUUGGUGUGACUACUGUAGAAAACACUUGUUUCAACCAGUGUCUAACUUGCAUCUAGUUCCUGAAACUAAGAAAAUAGAUGCCUGAUUAUGUUGAA